AUGUCUAGUGCUCAACAAUAUAUUGUUAAUGCCCAUUUUAAUGGAAGUGUUGUUGUAUCAGAUGAAGUGGGUUUGAUUUUUGAAAACACUGACGUAAUUCGUUUCGCUGUUAAUAGAAGAUCAUCAUUCCAACAUUUUAAAGAAAGAGUACAGAUGAAGUUGCAAGCUGGAUCAGUGUCACAGAUGACGUACAAAAAUGUCGUCCGUUUCGGCGACAAUCGCUUUAAAUUUGUUCCACUGAAGAUUCGUGACGACGAGGAUGUUGAAACGAUGUUCUCGAAUCAUGAAUGUUGUGGGUUUCAGGACAUUGAUUUAUAUAUAACAUUUGCACAAGUUCAAGAAACGCAGACUUCUCAGGUGAUCAAUCCAUCCAUAAUUCCACACGAAGAUGUUGAAGAAGGAGACGGCGAAGAAGAAAACGAGGCACAAGUUGAUGAUUUAUAUACUACCUUGUUUGAGGAAGGGAACGAAGUCAACAUAGAUGAUCAAUGUGUUCCAGUUGAAAAUGUAUUCAUCCCACCAGCGCAUAUGACAACCCUGCCACUAAGCGUAGAAGGAACAUCAUUUGAUUGGCCACAGAAUCCUCGUUUUCCCGCGGAAGGUGACAUAGAAGUCGGUUACCAAUUUAAAAAUAAAGCUGACUGUGUCGCUGCCAUUAAGCAAUACCACAUGAAACACUGUGUGGAUUACAAAGUGAUAGAUUCCGACAAGAAGAGAUACAUAAUUUGUUGCAGGAAUGAUUCCUGCAAGUUUCGUCUCGUGGCGUCCUACCGAAAAAGAAGUGAGUUGUGGGAGAUAGGCAUUAUGAACCCACCCCAUAGUUGUUCAACAACUUUGUUUAAUCAGGAUCAUCAAAAACUAACCUCGCAGUUAAUGUCUCAAAAAUUAAUGCCUUUUGUAGACAGAGAUCCUUCUAUUAAGGUUAGUGUUUGCAUAAGUAAAAUUGUUUCCGAAUUCCAUUUUACUCCGUCUUACAGAAAGACAUGGAUAGCAAGAAAUAAGGCAAUUGAACAAGUCUACGGUAACUGGGAAAGCUCGUACAAUGAACUUCCACAUUUUCUGUUAGCACUUAAAAAAUAUGUUCUGGGCACUGUGCUGGAAAUAGAAACACUACCCAUGCAUACAUCUGACGGAACUAUUGUUGAAGGGAAACACAUCUUCCACCGGCUAUUCUGGGCAUUCCAACCAUGCAUCAGAGGUUUUGCCUAUUGCAAACCUAUACUUCAAAUUGAUGAAACCUGGUUAUACGGUAAGUACAAGGGUACACUGCUUAUCGCAGUUGCACAAGAUGGGAACAGCAACAUAUUUCCGGUUGCUUUUGCCCUUGUGGAAGGUGAAACCGCUGAAGGCUGGGGUUUUUUUCUGAGAAACUUAAGGAGGCAUGUCGCCCCACAACCAGAUCUAUGUUUAAUUUCAGACCGACAUGCAUCAAUUGAAAGUGCAUACAACAAUGUGGAAAAUGGUUGGCACGAUCCCCCUUCAGUGCAUGUUUAUUGUAUCCGACACAUUGCACAAAACUUUAUGAGAGAAAUCAAGGACAGGAACCUACGGAAAAAAAUAAUUAACAUGGGAUACGUUUUAAACCAGCCAACAUUUCAUUACUAUCGGUCAGAGAUUGGCAUGGCAAACCAGCCAACAUUUCAUUACUAUCGGUCAGAGAUUGGCAUGGCAAAUGCAGAUGCUUUAAGGUGGAUUGACAAUAUUCCAGCCGAAAAAUGGACAAGGGCAUUUGACGGCGGUCGACGUUGGGGUCACAUGACUACCAACCUUGUCGAGUCAAUGAAUGUCGUCUUUAAGGGCACACGUAAUUUGCCCAUUACGGCAUUGGUAAGGGCAACGUAUUAUAGACUAGGAUCUUUAUUUGCUGAAAGGGGUGGAAAGUGGAGUGCUGUGUUGAAUUCUGGCCAAGCAUUUACAGACAACUGCCUCAAGGUUAUGAAAGAAGAAACAACAAAAUCCAGCACGCAUCAAGUCAGAAUUUUUGACUACAGGAACAAUGUUUUCAGUGUGCAAGAGACAAUGGACCAUGGUGAGGGGAAACCUAUGGGACAUUAUAAGGUCGACCUCUUGAACGGGUGGUGUGACUGCGGAAAGUUUCAAGCAUUUUGUGUCUCUUGCUCACAUGUUAUCGCUGCAUGUUCGAAUGUGCGCCACGACGCUUAUGCUCUUUUGUCCGACUUUCCAGUGAUGCCAUGCGAUGAAUAUUGGCCUGUUUAUGAAGGAGAUCAAAUUUGCCAUAACCCAAGAAUGCGGAGGAACAAGAAAGGUCGCCCUGUAAGCACACGUAUUACAACAGAAAUGGAUAACUUUGAUAAGCUUGAGAGGAAAUGUUUCAUGUGUCGUCAAACGGGACACAAUCGCACCCGGUGUCCCAAUGUGAAAACAAGUAGUUGUUAG